AGUCGAACAGCAAGUUUCUAUGGCCUCAAAUGGGCGAUGACUCAUCUAUUUUUUUUUGCAAUUGUGGGGGGGCAUCAUGAGAACCUAAGCUGCAAGGAAACGUUGUCUCUCCGUUUGAACAGCCUGUCGUUUUAGAAGCAAGCCUAUCGGAAUCCAAGCGCACACGAUGCGGAAGUCGCCGUAAUGGACUUGUAUCAAACUUCGUGCAUGACUGCGCAAGUUGAGGGGAUAGAUCGAUAUAUCGGCUGAAAGGGAUUAGAAGCGUGGACUCUCUGCCAAUGAGACGGGGUAGAUUCGGGCAACUCCUGCCGAACAACGUGAGCAUCUAGUCAAAUCAAAUGCCGCGGCAACGCCCCCUUUUGCUGCAAACCAAAACGGGAGACAUGCAAAAUGAGGCUUAUAUCUGGAUUUGUAAUGUGGUCGCUGCUUGUGAUACUGUGGUGCCGUGGAACAACAUCGAUAACCAGUGGUUGUGAGGAUUGAAAACAAGAGGUGGCAAUCGCACAGACGGUUAGCCUGCACUGUAAACGCUUCAUAUAGCUAUUAAAGGAAAGCCAGCGCUACGUAUACCGACAGUGAUUCAGGAAGUCACUGGAUGUCCUGACUUUGAGGACCUUUAGCGUCAUCCAGAUACGAAGCGGUCCGGCUGAACUGUUAGGAACUCUGUGCCCACCUCGGCGACGCGGCGCUACCAGCAUGUUCCACAACAUAACCAUGGAUUUUCCUCCGCCAACAACGCCGGUGGCCAACGUUGACACAACGACAACGAUGCCAGAGUCGACCGUGUGGAACGCCACUGCUAGCGGCAUUCAGGAUAUGAGCAUAUGGACAGCGCCGGUUGUCCAACGGGUAGCCACGCUAUCGGUGCUCAUGGUGUUGAGUCUUGCCGGCAACGGGGUCAUAAUCCUUGUGGUGUCCGCCGCAGGAGUGAAAAAGGGCCUGAACAGAGUCAACAUCUUUAUCCUCCACCUCGCCAUUGGUGACAUCUGCGUGUGCGUGGUCACCAUGACUAGUGAGAUUGUGUUCGUGGCGUUCGGACAGUGGGUGCUGGGACCUGUUCUCUGUAAGAUCAUCGUGUACGGACAGGUCGUCACUUUGGCCAGUACAACCUUCAUCCUCACCGCCAUGAGUCUGGACCGGCACCAGGCCAUCACGGACCCGAUGAACGUGGCGGCGGACCCGGAGCGGAAGGCCAAGCGGAUGAUCCUGGUGGCCUGGCUCAUGGCGUUCCUGGUCGCCGUGCCGCAGCUCUUCAUCUUCCUGCAGCAAGAGAAGGAGGGACCAGAUGGCGUCAUCACGCAUAGAUGUGUCAGUCAGGGGUACACGGCGGAGUGGCAGCGGCAGGUGUACGUGACGUGGAUGGCGGUGUACGUGCUGGUGGCCCCCGCCGUCAUCAUCACCUGCUGCUACGUGCGGAUCGUCAGGACCGUGUGGCAGACAGACCGCGAGCAGCGAGCCAUGAGCUGCCGCCGACAGAGGGGGAUGCGCCGCACAGGAUCGACCAUCUCAUCGGCAAAAAUCAAGACGAUCAAGAUGACCAUCUGCAUCAUCAUCGGGUUCGUGACCUGCUGGACCCCGUACUUCGUCGUCACCCUGUACGAGGUCUACACGGGCAAGUCCCUCCCCGAGGUCGCCUACGUCGUGGCGGAAACCAUGGCCCUCUUCAACUCCGCCUUCAACCCCAUCAUCUACGGGUUCUUCAACCUGAACGUGAAGAACACCCUCCUGUCCAUGCUGCCCUGCUCCUGGGCUGACGGCACCUGGUCCCGCCCGAGUUCUCUCUAUAAGACGGAGGACACCUACACGGACCCGUUCUUCAUGAGAAGGUCGUUCCACCGGCUGUCCAGAAGCAGUAGCAUCAGGCGGAAAGUGAGCGGCAACCGGCGAGCCACCCUGGCGAUAGAAAUGGACAAUUUGCAAGCCAGACGACAUAGCUCCCCUGUGAACAAUGGCAAGAUGGUGCUGAGCGCCAACGGUCUGGGAAAGGCAGCGGUAUAGUUGUAGAUUUACGUUAUAUAGAGAAUGUUGAGAUGAUGAGAACACAAACAGUUCGAAAACACCGAACUAACAAGAGAAGACACUAACCUGGCGAUAGAGAUGAACAAUUUGCAAGCCAGACGACAUAGCUCUCCUGUGAACAAUGUCAAGAUGGUGUUGAGCGCCAACGGCCUGGGAAAGUCAGAGGUUUAGUUGUGUCAUAGACAAAGAGUGUUGAGAUGAUGAGAACACAAACAGUUCGAAAACACCGAACUAACAAAAGAAGAGACUAACCUGGCGAUAGAGAUGGACAAUUUGCAAGCCAGACGACAUGGCUCCCCUGCGAGCAAAGGCAAGAUGGUGCUGAGCGCCAACGGCCUGGGAAAGUCAAAGGUUUAGUUGUGUCAUGAACAGAGAGUGUUGAGAUGAUGAGAAAACAAACAGUUCGAAAAAGCAGGACUACCAAAAGGAGAGACAAGCAUCGUCUGAAAGUUAGCCAAUAUAUUUUUCGUUUUGUCCUUUUCCUAUCCAGCCGCACAAUUGGCAGUACGGUUUUCUUGCAAUUUCUCUUUCAAGAGUUUGGGGGUGUACCUAAAGCAGUUGCUAUCACAACAAGUUCGAAGACCAUGUACCUUUGUCAAACAUUUUGAGCCUUUUUAAGUUUAUUGUUUUAUUUUGUCCCAUUGAUGAAACAAAUAAGUUUGUCUUGAGCAUAAUCUCUUUCAAAUGACCAUAUAUUGUGAAUUAGUGAAACUUUGCGCCUUUUGCCAAAGUGCAAUGUUUAUAUUUCAGCAUAAAUUAUGCAAAUGCCUUCCACAUUUUCAUAAUUUGGACAUAUUGAUGUAAACAUUUGACUUACCUACACACGCCAGUGUGUGAUUCCCACCACUCAUGUCAAAGUAAUAAUUGCGCUUUCGCAUUGGCUAUACAAAUUAGCCUCUCAUUUGCAUAAUUGGUAUCUGUAAAUGUUUCAACUACUAUAGAUUCUAUAAGGCACACGUAUCAAGGUUAUAUCAUAGAAAACAUUGCAAUCAUACAAUUAUGCAAAUUACGUUCAUGUUUGCAUUACUUGUAUUUCAUCGUGUAUAUCUUUAAUUGUCUAGGCUCCCCGUAUAUCGAAUAUUACUGAAAUCCGUUCACUAAUUUAUUCUCCUUAAAUGUUUUUGACAAAAAUGCUCCCAAAAUGAAACAGCAAGCUGCUGCGCCAAAAAGCUAUAUAGAAAUAAAGACCAUAGCACGUGACCACGUCCAGGGCAAACGAUACGAAAAAUCUGAAGUUCUGUUUCAGUACCAAGAUCAUGCAAUAGGGGUCGCAAAAUUGACCUAGACUUUCGUCUUCCAUAGACAUGCCAAUUGAAAUAUUAUAUUGACCACAUAAUGCAGAAAGGCAGAGACGUACACGCAGGUCAAAAACCUUACCUCCAUUUUUCAUUGAAGUAAACUAAAUGAAGAAUGUGCUUUGAGACCUUCAAUACCAACCGGAAAUAAUCAUUGUGCAACCCAACAUCUCAUCGAUCGUACGUAACACGAAGACGCCACAUGUACUGAUUUCAUGUAUGGGCGUGUGUACCAUUAUCUUUAUAGGCUGAGCUGAAAAAAAUCCAUAUAAUCGUUACAAGUUCACUGAAAAUGCUUAUUACUACAGUACGUUUCAUCUGUCACUAGUGACUUGUAUUUAGUGCAUAACAAUUUAAAUGGUGUUUCAUUUUGUAUGGUGGGGGAAUCGUUGAUGGAAGAGAAUGCUGGUGUGUCGACGAAGAUCCAAUUUGACCAAAAGAUUUAUCACACUGUCGACUAUCGGCUACCUUUGACUCGUUGAUCACGUCACAAUUUCGUUCAGGUCACGUGAUGUAGGCUUCGGGUCAUUCUAAGUUGAGAAAGAUCGGAAGACUGAUCGAAAGAUUGUUUGUUAUCGCUCUACCUUGUGUACAGAAAUGGCGUCUAUAAUCUUUGUAUAGUUAUCACCCUUGCUUUCACAUACAUGUACAUGACUGUAUCGAUGAAUCACAAACAUGUUUUGUGUGAAAUGUGUUGGAUCGUUUUGAUAAAAAAAGUUUCAAAUAACAUAACCAGAAUCAUUACAAACCUGUUGUCGCGUA